GGACUUUUACGUGCGUUGUUGGGGGAUUGAACCUGAAGGAGAAAACCAUUUUUCCAUAAACCCUAUUUCACCUUCAGCCACACACCCUCCCACUAAUAGCCACUGCAUCCCGCCCGGACACACGCCGCUCGUGCCCGACACAGUAUCAGCGGCGGCCGCUAUAUGCUGCACUCUUAUCUGCCGGAUUCUCAUCUUUCGGACGAACUCGACGCCUCUCCCUCCCUCUCACACUCUCUCGCUUCUCCAAGCAAUCGGAGCUACUUAUCUCCGUUGUUGUUAUCUCAGAAAUAGAAACAGUGGUUCAGCCCCCCUGUUGGUGAGAUCCUACCGUCCCUCACGCCUACUGCCGCUCAUUUUUUAAAUUCCAAGGAGUUAAGUGAAGGAAACGGCGCAGGCUGCCAUUUCUCUCAAAAGUUCGAAAUAGGAACUUUAGUUCUAAAGAACAGAAGAUUAAGAUGCCUCUUUACGAUGUUAUGCUUUUGAUGAAACCCCAUGUAAAGAAGGAGGCUUUGUUGGAUUUGGUUGCUAGAGUGGGCAAGCAUGUGUUCAGGAGAAACGGGGUUGUCUGUGACAUUAAGUCAUUUGGUGUUGUCCAAUUGGGUUAUGGUAUUAAGAAGCUUGAUGGAAGAUACUAUCAGGGCCAACUUAUGCAGAUGACGAUGAUGGCUACUCCCAACAUGAACAGGGAGUUGUUUUACUUAAACAAGGAAGAUCGAUUGUUGCGUUGGAUUUUAGUGAAGCACCGUGACAGACAAUAUGGUCUGGAAUUCCUUAGUGAAGAUGAUGACAAGAGUGGACCUGGCCAAUUUAGUCGACUUAACUUGAUGGGUGAUGAAGAUGAUGACGACGACGACGACGAUGACGACGAUGAAGAAUACGACGUGGAACAAGAAGAUACAAAAGCAGAGUGAAUUUUAUUUUACCAGUCUCUAUUUUCAUGGCCCAACUUUCAACUUGUUGACCUCUUGUACCAUUUUUGGAUUCUAGACAGACAAAUAAAGAGGUCCAUAGUUUCUUUAGUUGUCCUUGUCCAUAUUAUCUGUUUCUCAGAAACAAAGAUCCAUAAAUGUCUUUUACUCAAACUUCCAUUAGAAUGGGAUGUUUUCCAGGUCUUGGAUUUCAGCUCUAAAUGAAAAGUUCAAGAAAUGAAUAUCCUUGUUUGUCUUUUAAA